AUGCUGCACCAUGCUUUCAAGUCGCUCGUGGUCGCACUGGCGUUCGGCGCUCACGCCGUGUCGGCACAGAAUUCGGCCACCUCUCUCGUGAGCCGUCGCCUCACUGAGUAUUUGAUGCCGGUCGCUAGUGAGACGCAUGAGUUUGCGCGCGUGCCGAACUCGAAUUUCGUGCUGCUUUCGCAAAUGUCUGACAGCCAGCUCAUCAAGAUUGAGCUGAAUCCUACCACCGAGGAGCCUAUUGCUUUCCAGUCAUUCCCCAUGGGAAAGAACAGCAGUUCACAGCUUCAUGGCGUGUGGCCGUCGACGCUCUACCCCGGCAUGAUGUGGCUGACCCUGCAGGCCGACAACCAGCUGCUACUCGUGGAUCCUGGUAAAAACCUCUCGACUCCGCCGUCCAUCCUACAAACCAUCGAUAUCCCCGCACCAGGAAACGGCCCGCAUUGUGUGUUUGAAAUUGGAAACCGCGUCUGGGCCGGCCUCAAGGUGGCAUCCGAGCAAACGGGCCAGUACUAUGUAUUCUCCGCCGAUGUCUCUAACCACACAGACCAGACGCUAUACCCGUGCCUCAACAGCCCCGUGUUUAUCAAGGAGGAGCCGACCACCGGUUUGAUCUACGCCACACAAGACACCGACUCGUCCAUAAUGCGCAUCAAUGUCACCAGCGGCGAGACGACACAGCUGCCAAUCCCACCCAGCGUCGGCAACAACGCCGUCGGAAUGAUCACCGGCUACGGUCCCAUGAAUGGUGUAUGGUUCACUCUCGCUGGCAAUGCCACUGGUGGCACCGGCACCUUUGGCCAUAUCGGAUCCACUGGCGAGAUGGAGUUCUUCCAGCUCCAGCACCCGAUGCUUGGUACCAACGCUGGUCUACUGCAUAUCGCUGACGCGUCGAGCGUAGCCGGCGGCCCAGCCUUAUGGCUCUUGUCAACGUCGCUGCUCAGCAACAAUUCACCCGAUGCCCUGAUCCGCGUGACUUUCGACGCUGACAUCACAACAAUUUCUGGCGAAGAGUAUAUCUCGAUGCUCACUCAAAACGCUAUGGUGCACCGUGUCCUGCCAAUGGAUGCCACGGUCCUAGUGUCCGAGCUCCACACAUUUACACUCGCUCAACUCACGUACAAUAACACUAUUGCUGGACAGUGGCUGCCAGCUGAGGCUAUCAGUGACACCACUGUUUACACCCAGGCUGGUUAA